GGGGCCAGGCUCAUUCCUGGGGGCUGGAGCCGAGUGCGGGAGGUGCUGGUGGGGAGGGUUCUCCUGAGGCUGGAGAAAAGCUGGGGAGUGGCGGGGCUGAACCCUUCUCCCCCAGCAGGUUGCUCCUUGGGAAGAUGGAUUAUGCCAAGUCCCUCAGCCAGCGCCUGGCUGCUCCUGUCACCAAAUGUGUCUCAGUCAGUGCCUCCAUGACCCAGCAGCUCCUGGCCAGCCCAGCCCCACGGCCACGACCCUUCCGUGUGGUCAACUGGGACCGCAGCCUGCGCAAGGGGGUCAUGGCCCCCAGCCUCGCCGAGCUGCUCUGCCAGGCUCAGAGUGCUCUGAUGGCCCCAGACCCCAUCUCACUGGUGCUGGAGGAGGACGGCACCGCGGUGGAGACCGAGGCGUUCUUCCGGACGCUGGAGGAAGGGACGGUGGUGAUGGCCCUGAGCAAAGGGCAGACCUGGGCUGCCUCCAAGACACCUGGCUACCAGCUGAGCCUGUCCCGUAAGCCCCCUCGGAGGAUCGACGUGGCCUGUGUCACCUUUGAUCUCUACAAGACCCACCCACGGGACCUGGGCUGCCUCAACAUCAAAGCCACCCUCUAUGGCACCUACAGCUUGUCCUACGACCUACGCUGCUCCGGGGCCAAGAAGGUCAUGAAGGAAGCUCUGCGCUGGGUGCUCUUCACCAUGCAGGCCACUGGCCACGUCCUCCUCGGCACCUCCUGCUACAUGCAGGAGCUCCUGGAUGCCACCGAGGAGCCCAAGGAGCCGGGCAGCAGCCCCCCACUUCCCAGCCUUCUGCCCUGCAGCCUCCCACCCCUGCCCCGCAGGAAGACGCUGCAGUGAGGGCUGCCCCCCACCCUCUGCAACCCCCUACCCCUCAAUCUCUUGGGGGUCCCAGCACCCCACUAUAGGUCAAUGCCUUGAGGAGGGGGGAGAAGCUGCUGGGCACUGUGCUGCUGGCUGCGGGUGCCCAGCUCUGCCCUGCCCCCCCACUGCUCUGUAUAUAUCAAUAUAUGUAUUUAUUUCAGUCCAGUUCUGCUCAG